UGACGUUCCUUCUGCAGCCAGAGCAGGUGACAGGGCACCUCACCUUCCCCCUGCUGUCAGUCACCCUCCUGGUGUCCUUCGGCUCCUCCAUGCUUUAUGGCUACAACCUGGCAGUGGUGAACUCACCGGCAGUGUACAUAAAGACUUUCUACAACAUCACGUGGUCUCAGCGGUACGGGCAUGGACUGGAGCCCGGCCCCCUGACCCUCCUCUACUCCCUGACUGUCUCUAUCUUUGCCCUGGGUGGGCUGGUGGGCUCCUUGCUGGUGGGGAUGCUGGUGGACCGAUAUGGUAGGAACGGCGCACUGAGCCGCAGUGCUCUCCUCGUCCUCCUGGCCGGUGGCUUCAUGGGCUUCAGCCGGGAGCUGGAGUCCCCCGAGAUGGUGAUCAUCGGCCGCUGCAUCACAGGGCUCCACUCAGGUAUCUGUCUCAGCGUGGUGCCCCUGUACCUGGGAGAAAUUGCCCCCAAGAACCUGCGGGGUUUCCUGGGCCUCAUGCCCAGCAUCUUCAUCUGCCUGGGGGUUUUCUUCGCGCAGGUCCUGGGCCUCCCGGAGCUGCUGGGAGAGGACAGGUUCUGGCCUCUUUUCCUGUCCUUGGUCAUUGUUCCUGCCUCCCUCCAGCUCCUGCUGCUGCACUGCUUCCCCGAGAGCCCGCGGUACCUGCUGAUAGAGAGGAAUGACAUCUGUGGGGCCACCAAGGCCCUGCACCGGUUCCUAGGGACACCUGAUGUGCAGGAUGUGAUCGAAGAGAUGAAGGAGGAGCAGCGGUCGCUCUCCUCCGUGGAGAUGGUCUCAGUUGGGCAGCUGCUGCGGGACCGCUCCGUCCGCUGGCAGACCCUCUCGGUGGUGGUGGUGAAUGCGGGCAUGCAGCUCUCGGGAAUCGAUGCCAUCUGGUUUUACACCAACACCAUCUUUGAGAACGCUGGCAUCCCUGUAACCGAGAUCCCCUACACCACCGUGGGCACUGGCGCCAUUGAAGUUGUUGCUGGGCUGAUCGGGGUGAGUGAUGGACAGACAGAUGGACACAGCCCCUCGAUUAGUUAUAAAAUUACAGGCAUUUGUUGUGCUGUCAAUACCCUGCCUGCUCCAGUCUCUGGCUGCCACCCCAGCAGCGUCCCUCAGCCUCAUGUCCCCCUGCAGAGCGCCCUGCCCUGGAUGCGCUACGUCAGCGUCGCCUGCGUGGUCGGCAUCAUUGGUGGCUUCUGCAUGGGACCAGCUGGCGUCCCCUUCCUGAUGACAGCCGAGCUCUUCAUGCAGUCUCACCGCCCAGCUGCCUACAUCGUGGGAGGGUCUCUCAACUGGCUCUGCAACUUCACCGUUGGCUUCAUCUUCCCCUUCUUGCAGAUGUCAGCUGGUGCAUUUUGCUACCUGGUUUUCUGUGGCAUCUGCCUGCUGGUGGCCAUAUAUAUCUACCUCAUCGUCCCUGAGACCAAGAACAAAACUUUCAUGGAGAUCAGCCACAUCUUUGCCACCCGCCGCUCCUUCCUCUCCAUCCCCACCCACCUCAUCGGGAUGAUGAAGCUCGAUGGCUACGGGGCCUUGGAGAGCAGCUCCCUGGAGGGCUCGGGCUCCAGCCUGCCCUGA